AUGUUUUCAUGGUCUGAUAAAGCGCGAGGUGGUCUCUUGGAAUCGAAAUGGUCGAAACGAUUCAUUCUACUCGCUCUUUUACAAGUCUUAAUAACGAUCCCGAUCCUCAUUGCGACACUCGUCAACGUGGAAACCAGCCCCAUUCAAGACACACCCAUGUUGGAUCAGGAACCCAAUGAAUCCACCGACUAUUUACGGCUACGAUUACGAGACAAGAAUGACCGUGUUCGUUUCGAAAACAUUUGGUUUAUUGUAUACGAGCUAUGGAAACUAGGGUUGAUGUUGGAUGGGCUCAUCUACAGGAAUUCAUUGACCGUCGUUGCUGCUGCUGGUUUCACAUUCUUUUCGGGUGCUUUGGGCAUCAUGCAAAUCAUCGAAAGUGUCAAAUGGGAUGAGGCGCCUUUGAUCAAUCUACAAUUACAAAUCGCAAUGACGGUGAUUGUUUGGGUACUCGCAGUGCCAACAGCCUUCGUGGCGUUUAUGCUCCAAAAGCAUUUUGGUUGGGAUGUCAUUGAUAAAGUGGGACCUGAACGUCGAUUACAAAGCAUGUAUUACACCGUUCAAUGCUUUACGCUUGCUCUCAAGAUCAACUUUUUCUUUGAGGUGCUUCUUAUGGCAUUUUAUGCUGUGUGCGCUAGCGUCUCUUCACGUCCACUAUGCAUUGCAGCCUCUGUCUUGGCCGGUGUUGGCCUUCUCGCUUUAUUGAUUGGACGACAAGCAAUUGCUUGGGAAGCUCAUUGGAUGAUGUCGUUGUUUUCAUUGAUGCAAGGUGCGAUUAUAUUUAUCAACAUGGCUGUACUCGUGACCAUUACAGAUGUGGUGGAUCCAUGGUACACAUUGGAGAUCUAUGCUAGUGCAUCGAUUGUCAUUGUUGUGUGCACCCUGUAUAUUGCUGUGCGAUGUCAAAUCCGAUUCGGCCAAGGUUUGAAACCAUACGUUCAAUGGCAGCUUUGGUCGUCAUUUUGGAAAAGGAAUCAAACAUCGAACGAUGACGAUGACGGGGAUCCACGACGCUAUGCGGAAGAGGAAUUGCUUGGUGGAAAUCAAUCAACAUCAACAUCACCAUCACAUAAUAGAGUUUCGCAACAAGAAGCUCAGCGACAUGAACAACAACACGCAUCACGACAACGUCAUGAUUCAACUACUUCUCCUCCACCUCCACAACCACCCCCUCAUGACAAUCAUGUACAUCAAGUUCAUCAACCACCAAGACGUGAUACACGACAAGCCGAGCAUAUUGAUUUUACUGAAUAUUUUGAUUACUUGGACAUGAUACGACGACCUAACAACAACAGCAAUACCUCUCCAACGCGAUAA